AUGGACAGCGGGCCACCAGUACUGGACGCGCUGUCCAAGUUGGAGCUCUCCAUGAGACCGCAAUCCGUGCCGUCGUGGCUAAGCAGUGACACGAAUCACGCCCCCAAAGUCACAGCACUCGGUCCAAGAACGUCUAGCGUCGAGUUGGUUGAUCAAACAUCAGUGCACGGAGUUGCUGGAACCAAUAUUGGAGGUGGCAAUGGUACUACGCACGGAGGCUCUCCACUCAAAGACAAAGCUGGACCCCUGGCACCCAGCCCUUCAGCCGUUCGGCCUCGCGCGCCAAUCGGUGUGCACAAAGACGCAAUUGGCUCUGGUGACAAAGAUUUCCUGCCGAAGGAAUCAGAAUCUCCGAAACGAUCAAGGCAACGGGUUCGGCAGCAAGCAGCUGAAUCUAAAAGCAGGCGAGUCAAACAAUCGCUUGUGGAGUCCUUGCGGUCUCUGGAGUUCUUUGACAAAACAAAUCGAAGCCGUGAAUUAUCCACUAAAAUGUCGGUCAUGCGCCCCUAUGCAGACCCCGAAGACAACGUGCACUUUGUCAAUAUUGAUGACAAAUUGGAUGAAGGAGACGACGGCAAAACACUUGUAGAUGACGAAGUAUACGACAGCGAGAGUCACAAUUCCCGAGAUACCGUUGAGAAUCGAGCGUUAAAGUACCUCGCAAAAUCUGCCGAUUCCAAAUUAUCUCCAGAGCCACCACAAGUUUUCCAAAUUCCUGAAUUGCCUCAUGGACAGAAUCUUGUCAUCAACAUCCUCUCGACGUGGGGAGAUCCGUUCUAUGUGGGGCUCAUGGGUAUCGAGAUAUUUGAUCACACAGGCCACGCUGUCUAUCUCUCUGAUGUUGAUAAACAAUUAUCAGCAGAUCCCCCCGAUCUAAAUAUCCAAGAUCACGAUCGUUUAGAUCCUCGAACUGUCGAUAAGCUCGUGGACAAACAUUAUUUCACCUGUGAUGAACUGCACGCGUGGCUUGCGCCGUUUUCUCGUGGACAGAAUCACUUUAUUUAUAUGGAUUUUGACUAUCCAUUAUCCAUCUCGAUGCUACGUAUUUGGAAUUAUAAUGCCACUCGAAUCCACUCAUACCGCGGUGCUCGGUACGUGGAGGUUUCUCUAGACGGCAAGUCUAUCUUCAAGGGGGAAAUCCGUCGUGCACCGGGUAGUGUCAUUGAAGAUAUCGACGAUUGUAACGAGUGCAUUCUAUUCACCAUGAACCAGUCGAUCUUGCAACUCAUCGAAAAAUACGAGAAGCGUAAUGAAAAACUGGUCGAUAACGAGCCAUCGGUAGCAACUACAGAACACCAGUCUUCAAAGGAUGCUGCGUUGAGCAACGGCCUUCCGAUCGGUGCUGAUCCACGUCUCCUUGAGAGACCAAACACUGGUAAUAAGACGUCUCGCGCCGCAGCCAGAGGGGGUGGCCAUAUUGUCUGCUCGUCUGAAACAGGGGCGAUUAAUUCCGUCUUCUCACCAAUCACCUCCCCGCUGCCAAUAAUGGUGGGUGGGGCAACGACAGAACGGCCGUUGUGCUGUAAAACGAUCGAGUUAAUCCUCGAAGCGAACUGGGGAGACCCAUACGAGAUUGGCCUUGCAGGUCUUGAAUUUCUCGAUUCCAGUUAUGUUCCUCUGUCAAUAUCGUUGGAUAGCGUGACAAUCUCGGCUCCGAUCGCUGAGGAUCGAAUGAAGAAACUCCUAACGACACACGGUGCACGACAUCUCGCGGUUGAUCCAGAAGAAAUGUGGACGGCUCCGCUUCGAGAAGUACUCGCACUUCCUCUGGAGCGCAGAGCAAUCACAAUAACUUUUUCUGAAAAAGUGAGUCUUCGAGCGCUGAAAAUCUGGAAUUACAAUACAACUCUGGAGGGGUCCUUUAAAGGUACCAAGCAGGUUUCAGUGCGAAUUGACGGUGUACAUCACACGCGCGUAUCGUUACGGAAGGCACCGGGCAAUCUAAUGGACUUCGACUUUGGUCAGUUCUUAUAUUUACAAGCUGAAUGCACAAGACCAUCGUCACCUCGAUUAAUCCGGAAAAAGAGCGCGAUGAAGCCUAUAGCAGAAGUUUUCCAGCAGUACCAGACGCCUCUGUUCCCCACCGGAUAUAUCAUAAAAUUCGUCUUCUCGUCUACUUGGGGCGACACGUUCUACCUGGGUCUCAAUGGCGUGGAGUUAUUCGACCGUGACAACCAGCUUAUUCCUCUCUACAGCGAGAUUGUCGACGCGCAACCACGUGAUAUCAAUGUACUAAAAGAACCAGGAGCCACACACGACGUCCGGACGUUGGACAAACUCUACGAUGGUGUCAACAACACUUACGACGAUCGACACAUGUGGCUAGCUCCUCACACGCCAUCGCAUCCGAAUAAACUCGUGCUUUUCUUCAAUGAACCCAUGACUAUUUCCAAAAUCCGACUGUGGAACUACAGCAAGACACCUACCCGUGGUGUUCGUGAGUUUGAGGUGUUUCUCGACGACGUGUUGAUCUACCAUGGGAUCCUGAAACAAGCGCCACCUCUGACGCUACCGAGCGGAGAUGGCACCUCCAACGAAGCAAUGGACCCUUUUACUCAUUCAUUGGAUAACCGACGACUGCGUAAGAAGUGGCACGAUCAAGCUGAGGCCGCCGCCAAUGCAGGUAACAUGACACAAACGCUACUAUUCACGGACGAUCUCGAGGUGAUUGAGGCUGAAGCUAACAACAUCUAUAUGCCGCAAGACGAGCUCGAGACCAGCGUUACUUUCUAUGACAAUAGCCAAGUGUUGUCUCUAUCAGAUCUGCCAGGACACGACACCAUCAUGCGGCCGACCACCAGCGCAGGCUGGUAG